AUGGGAUGCUUCGGCUCGCCAGGCGGCAAGAGCAGCGAAGACGAUGCGAAGAAACAGAAGCGUCGCAGCGAUGCCAUCACCAAGCAGCUGCAGAAGGAUAAGCAGCUAUAUCGCGCGACGCAUCGGCUGCUCCUGCUGGGCGCGGGUGAGUCCGGAAAGUCGACCAUUGUGAAACAGAUGCGCAUCCUACACGUCAACGGCUUCUCCGACAAGGAGCGCCGGGAGAAGAUCGAGGACAUCAAGAAGAAUAUUAGGGAUGCUAUACUUACAAUCACGGGCGCUAUGAGCACCCUCACGCCCCCCAUACCGCUUGAAAAGCCCGAGAAUAAGGCGCGCGUCGAUUAUAUACAGGACGUAGCGUCGCAGCCGGACUUCGACUACCCGAUGGAGUUCUACGAGCACACGGAGGCGCUGUGGCACGACGCCGGCGUCCAGCGCACAUACGAGCGGAGCAACGAGUACCAACUCAUCGACUGCGCCAAGUAUUUCCUGGACCAGGUGCACAUAAUAAAGCAGCCGAACUACACUCCGACGGAGCAGGACAUCCUCCGCUGCCGAGUGCUUACCUCCGGCAUCUUUGAGACGCAGUUCGUCGUCGAUAAAGUCAAUUUCCACAUGUUCGACGUGGGCGGUCAACGAGACGAGCGACGCAAGUGGAUCCAGUGCUUCAACGACGUGACGGCCAUUAUAUUCGUGACGGCCUGCUCCUCGUACAACAUGGUGCUGCGCGAGGAUCCCACGCAGAACCGGCUACGGGAGUCACUCGACCUCUUCAAGAGCAUAUGGAACAAUAGAUGGCUGCGCACGAUCUCAGUGAUCCUGUUCCUGAACAAGCAGGACUUGCUGGCGGAGAAGGUGCUGGCGGGCAAGUCUCGGCUCGAGGAAUACUUCGCGGACUUCGCGCGAUAUACCACGCCGCCCGACGCGGUGCCCGACCCCAGGGACCAUCCCGACGUCGCGCGCGCCAAGUACUUCAUACGGGACGAGUUCCUUCGUAUAAGCACGGCGAGCGGCGACGGCAAGCACUACUGCUACCCUCACUUCACGUGCGCCGUGGACACCGAGAACAUCAAGCGCGUGUUCAACGACUGCCGCGACAUCAUACAGCGGAUGCAUCUACGCCAGUACGAGCUGCUCUAA